AUGGAUCAACAAACUCAACGAGGCCGGUCACCUUCGGCUGGCCAUCAUCAGUCUCAUAUAAGUCAAUCUCACUCCCCAUCGCCGACCCCAUACCCACCCAACGAGUCAUCAGUCGGUCUUGGUCUCGGCUUGGAUCAAUCCGCUCAGCAGCCCUUCACGACCGCAAACAAUAACUCCUUCGACUCUUACAACGGGAAUAACGGCUUUCUUAGCCCCCAGCUGUCCCCCUCACUGCCGCCCCCCCAGCAGCAACAGAGCCCCUUCGCCCAGGCCAGCCUCGCCGACCCCGCUGCCUUCGAUCCCAACAACACCUCUCCCUUUGGCCAGCCGGCGCCGACCACCGGCUCCGAUACCACGCUGCCUUACAACGCUCAGGCGCAACCCGCCUACCUGUCUCCUAACCUGAACGACGGUGAUUUUUCACUCUUCCCGCCCUCUGGCGGCCAGAGCGAUCACUUCAACGCUCCCUUGUUCGAUCAACCUACACUCAAUCCAAGUGACAUCAACAACAUGACGUCCCCGCAGACACAUCACUCUCCGACCCCUCCUCAUCUCCUCCAACCCGACGGCCAUCAUCCUGGCUCGGCCCAUCAGUCUCCCGCCUUCAGCCAGCACCAGUUCUCCUCCCCGCCCGGCGGUCACUCAAGACAUGCUUCACUCGGCCCCGAGGCAGCAAUGCUCUCGAAUCACAUGAGCGACUGGGCCCAGCCUCAGUUCCAGGGCCACCGUCGCACUCCCUCAGAGUACUCGGACGUGUCUUCAGUUGCCCCGUCUCCAAACCUCGUCAGCUCCGAUACCUUCGAUGGAGAUGUUGGUGGCCACUCCCCCAACCAGCGUCCCACGGACAGCGGCAUGUACGAGUCCGUAAUGGGUAUGAACAACUUCAGUAUUUCAGACAACAGCCCUGGCCACCAGGGUCGAAGCCCGUCCCAUAGCCCGGCCAUCAGCCCUCGCAUAGUCCCGCAACAAAUGCCCGAUAUGACCCAGCAGCCUAGCUUCGGUCUGGCACCCAUGAACCAUGGAUAUGGAGCGUCUUCCGCAUACCCAGACAUGCCGGGGUCCGUUGAGGCUUUCCCUACCCUCCAGUCCAGUGGACCCGACUUAUCCCAGAUGGCGCCUCCGGCAAUCAACAUUGAUUUUGCGCCGACGAACUCCAAGCCCAGCACAUUUGAGGCUCCCAAACCGCGCAUGGACCAAGACUCCUUGACACCCCCCGACCGAGGUCGCCCCAGAUCCCGGCCUCGAGCUGUCACAGAUCCCUUCCACCCUGGUGGCGGGUUGUUGAACCGCCCUAGCAAUGGCAACGGCAUGUCCACGUCCCUUGGUGCUGACCUGGGAAUGCGAUCGGAUGCCUCCAGGUCACUCUCGCCACUUGAUAGACAGGCAACGGCCUCGCCUUCGCGGAGAAGACAGUCUACGUCGGCAGUGCCCAACAAUGUCAUUGCGCUGCGCCUGGCAGACCCAGAGUAUCAGAACAGUCAGGACAGUGGUGCGGCCAAGCGUGUUCAGAAGCACCCCGCUACGUUCCAGUGUACCCUGUGCCCCAAGCGAUUCACUCGCGCCUACAACUUGCGUUCGCACUUGCGGACCCAUACCGACGAGCGACCGUUCGUGUGUACCGUAUGUGGCAAAGCCUUUGCGCGACAGCAUGACCGUAAGCGACACGAGAGUUUGCACUCGGGUGAGAAGAAGUUCGUCUGCAAGGGUGAUCUUAAGGUCGGUGGCCAAUGGGGAUGUGGACGGCGGUUCGCCCGUGCUGACGCUCUCGGUCGUCAUUUCCGGUCUGAGGCUGGUCGUAUCUGUAUUAAGCCCUUGCUGGAUGAAGAGAUGAUGGAAAGGCAGAGACUCUGGCAGGAGCAGAGGAUGCAGCAGAACAUGGCUCACAACAUGGCUCCUCCUCCUGGUGCCAUGGGCAUGGAUCCCUCUACCGCGUACCCCAUGGAUGCCACGGGUAACUACAUGCUCCCUGCGGCAUUGCUUGCGCAAUACCCUGUCUUGGCUCAAAUGAACUGGUCUGGGCCUGAUGUUGGUGGAAGUAUGGACGAUGAAAUGAGUGGCCGAUCGUCGUUCGAUGCUAGCGACCUCGACGAAGCUGACGACGGCGGCUACGUAAGCGGACCCGGGACAGGCUAUGGUGAAGGGGGAAUGAACCAAAACUUUGGCGAGAUGGGGUAUGCGAGCGACUUUGGUGGUCGCUAA